AUGUCGGUCAAACGUCGCAAGUCGGCUGUCUCCAUGAAUCCGGAUUUCGUUCCGGAGUUCGGAGGAUGUUCUCACGUCACUUUCAGCUCUUCGGUAGGGUCACGGUUUGGAUCACCUUUGUCAUUACUCCGAAAAGAUUUAAAAUAUAUAAGAAACCAAUCUUUCAUUUAGUUUUUCAAUCGUAGGUUUUUUUUCUUCUUCUUAUAGCCUGUGUACCACGACUUGGAAUUUCACAGAACGACAUUCCGCUGUGCCGCUGCGCGCCCUUGCGAAAUUCGGUCGCGCUUUUAGUUUUUUUUUUCUUUUAUUAAGGUACUCUACUGUCAUGUGCUACCACAGCAAUAAGAAUCAAUUGAAAGCGUGAUCUAGAUUCGAAAGACGCUUCGCAAACGCACGCAGCGUAACAGCGGAAUGUCGUUCGGUGAAAUUUCAAGUCGUGGCACACAGGCUAUACGCCUUUGUACGGCUUGAGCGACGUUGGUGGCCCGAGUUUGAUUUGGUUAAAUACUAUCCUGAUAUCACUGAUAAUCAGUGGACUGGCUCGAGUGACAUAUCCGUCCGAGUGGCGUAGCCGUGGUUUCCCACUACCAACAGUUUAUAAACCCCUCGAAUCGCGGUUGGGUCGCGACGGGGAGAUCGAACUCGUGACCUUUUGGAUCCAAUCAGAAACUUUUUUUGUUGACAGCAACCCAUGAAAAAGUUUUCAAAUUCUGCAAAAAGAAACUUUGAAACUUCCUUGCCAAAAUUAUGGCUUAUGACUAAUUAUAGAGCGCGGUCUGUGUACUAAUAACAUCUUUCCAACAUAAAAAAGUUCAAGCGUGUAAUUGACAAGUUCAAAGAAUGUUCUCAAAGAUCUUCGGCUUUUCUUCUGCGUGUAGUUUGGUUAGAAAAGUAAUUUUCAAACUUAUAAUCCAGAAGGUUUCCGGGUUCCGGUUGUCAAAAACCGUUCAAACUUCAUGUAAAACUCUCUGCCGAUAAACUUGAAUGGAAAGUUUUUACGGGAAAUCAUUACAAAAAGCUUUAUGAAGAUGAAAAUUGCAAGUAGAAUAAAACUAUACUUUCAGUGAAAAUCUUUAGACGGAGGAAAAUUUCCUCAGAAACAAAUUUUAUUCUUUCAAUAAAUUUUUUUGAACUAGAUUUUUUUUUCUUUUUCAACCUACUCACUGAUCUGCUCGUCGUCAAUUUUCAAAUCGAUCAUUUUUUGAAUUUUUCAGUUUUCUGAAUUUCAGAUGGACUAUCUGUCGAUCCAUGACGACGACACGUCGAUCGCGUCUUCGGACAAGACUCUCGAGCGCGGUUUUUCGCGGUCCGCCAGAAAAAGGUUCCCUUUUGGCGUCGUGGAUUAA